AUGGAGGCUUUUCCUCCUGAAAGUGAAAGGAUGGAGGCUUGGCUCGACGACAACCUGGACUUCGCUCACUCGUACUUCGUGCGGAAAGCAACCCGGGAAAUGGUCAAUUCAUGGUUCGCUGAUCGCGUCCACUCCAUCCAGCCAUCCCGUGAGGGUUCCAAAACUCUUACAGAAGGGCCCAAAACUCUUUCGGACGUGAGUGCCCUCCCACCCACAGGCCCCACUGGCUCUCCUUCACCCAGUCCAGCUCCAUCCACACCCACACCCACACGCAAGAUCUCAGCAUCCGAGUUCGAUCGGCCGCUACGGCCAAUCGUAGUGAAGGACGCAGAGGGUUCACUCACGUUCCUCAGCAACACGGAACGGGUGCCCAUGCCACCUCCGACCCCCUCCCACAAGCUGGAGCAGACAGGGGGGGACCGAUGUGCCCGUCUGCUCGAGCUCGUACGUGAUGUCUCCAGCCACCUGGACCUCACAGCGCUCUGUCAUCGCAUCUUUUUACACACUCACGAACUAAUUGCUGCGGACCGCUACUCACUGUUUCUAGUGUGUGAGGACAGCUCCAAUCAAAAGUUCUUGGUCAGUCGACUGUUUGAUGUUGCCGAAGGUUCCACACUAGAGGAAGCAUCUAACAGUGGAAUCCGCCUAGAAUGGAACAAAGGCAUUGUGGGAUAUGUUGCAGCUACUGGCCAGCCACUCAACAUUAAGAAUGCAUAUGAGGAUCCCAGGUUUAAUGCGGAAGUGGACCAGAUCACAGGCUACAAGACACAGAGCAUCCUAUGCAUGCCCAUAAAAAAUCACAGAGAUGAGGUUGUUGGUGUGGCACAAGCAAUCAAUAAGAGGUGUGGAGAGAACAGCACUUUCACAGAACAAGAUGAGAAGGACUUUACUUCCUAUUUGGCUUUUUCUGGUAUUGUUCUACACAAUGCACAACUUUAUGAGACGUCACAGAUUGAAAACAGGAGAAAUCAGGUGUUGUUAAACCUGGCCAGUCUUAUUUUUGAAGAACAGCAGUCACUGGAGGUUUUGCUGAGAAAGAUCGCAGCUAUCAUCUUGUCUUUUAUGCAAGCUCAAGAAUGCACCAUAUUCAUUGCUGAUGGUGAAACAUCGAAUGCUUUCUCCAGUGUCUUCCAUAUGGACUAUGAGGAGCUGGCUGGGUCUGUGGAGUUCCCGAACAAGGACAAUGACGUGAGCAAGAUUAACUACAUGUAUGCCCAAUAUGUAAAGAACACAGCUGAGCCACUGAACAUUUCUGAUGUCACCAAGGACCAUCGAUUCCCUUGGACUAGUGAGAACCCAGACUCCCCAAGCUACCACGUCAAGAGUUUGUUAUGCACACCAAUCAGGAAUGGCAAGAAAGAUAAAGUUAUAGGUGUUUGCCAGUUGGUCAACAAGAUGGACGAAUCCAUAGGUGAGGUAAAGGCUUUCAAUCGGAAUGAUGAACAAUUUUUAGAGGCCUUUGCCAUCUUUUGUGGACUGGGCAUCCAAAACACUCAGAUGUACGAGACCGUGGAGAGGGCUAUGGCCAAGCAAGAGGUCACACUUGAGGUUCUUUCUUACCAUGCCUCUGCGGCAGAGGAGGAGACGCGGGCGCUCGAGGUAACUGCGGCAGCCACUAUUUCUUCAGCUCAGUCUUUGAGACUACUAGACUUCAGCUUCAGUGACUUUGAUCUGUCUGAUGCUGAGACCACCCAGGCCACCAUCCGCAUGUUUGUGGACCUCAAGCUUGUGCAGAACUGCCAAAUGAAGUACAAGAGCCUCUGUCAGUGGAUCCUGAGUGUAAAGAAGAACUACAGGAAGAAUGUGGCCUACCAUAACUGGCGGCAUGCCUUCAACACGUCUCAGUGCAUGUUUGCCAUACUCAAAUCUGGGAGGUUACAGAACAAUUUAAAUGAGUUGGAAAUCUUGGCCCUGAUGAUUGCAACGCUGUGUCAUGAUUUGGACCAUAGAGGUGUCAACAACUCAUUCAUCAAAAGGAGUGACCAUCCUCUGGCGCAGCUCUAUGGCCACUCUAUAAUGGAACAUCACCACUUUGACCAGUGCCUUAUGAUCCUCAACAGUCCAGGCAGUCAGAUUCUGAGCAGUCUUUCACUGGAUGAGUAUAAAACUACACUGAAGAUGAUUGAAAAGGCUAUUUUGGCUACUGACCUCGCCCUCUAUAUGAAAAAGCGAACAGAGUUCUUUGAACUAGCAAAGAACAGUCAGUUUGUUUGGGAGUACGAUUAUCACCGAGAUUUGCUAAGGUCCAUGCUGAUGACUGCCUGUGAUAUCUCUGCCAUUACUAAGCCCUGGCCUGUCCAAAAGAGGAUUGCUGAGCUUGUUGCCACAGAAUUCUUUGAGCAAGGGGACAAGGAAAGAGAAGAACUAAACAUUGAACCUAUUGAUCUGAUGAACAGAGAGAAGCGGGAUAAAAUACCCAGCAUGCAGGUGUCUUUUAUCGAUGCCAUUUGCACACAGUUGUAUGAGUCACUGGCCAGUAUGUCGGAUUCGUGCUCCCCCCUGCUGGAGGGCUGCAGGAAAAACAGGCAGAAUUGGAAGACGCUUUCUGAAGAGGCUGAGGAGAGCUUAGUGAAUGGAGGACUAUAAGCGGCUCGUUUCAGUCAGUUCAAGAUUAAGUUUGCCCUCGUCCUUCCUCAUACUGAUCACAUACUAAUAAUGGAAUCAUUUUAAAUCAUGAUUCCAGCUAUGAGGAAUCAACCAACCACUAUGGGAACAAAUACAAACUAACUUCUAAAACAGCUAGUGUUCCAUAGUUUGGGUGGGGAAAUAACACUGAAGCAAUAAUGAACCGUGUUAAAUGUUGAGUCUCUAUUGUGACUUUAUUUAGGUGGGGAAAAAUCUCUCAAUUCUCUCAGUUUUUUAAGUGGAAAC